AAUCUAAGAUUAAUUGCACUAAAAUGGAUGGACAUGGCACUGGGCGAAAGCAGCCGUUAAGUAGCAUGUGUCACGUCCUUUAAUCCCAAACGGUCCUGUGCUCACCGGCCUCUCCCCCUGCUGCUGCUGCUGUGUGUUGUCUGAUUCUGAGGAUUGCUGUGACAACUUAGUUUAAUCACCGUGUGUCACAGCAACCCUCCUCCUGAACUGGAGAGGCAGGGAUUGUACUUGACCUAACACUUCUAAUGGUUAUGAUAUCGUCACUGGAGUAAUAUGAUGAGAUGAUCACUGGAAAAUAAAAAUAAAGUCUGUCGUAUAUAAAACAGCCAAAUAACAAUGUCAGAUGACGCAUGGUGUAACGUUACGUUACCAGAACGUUUUUUUGUUUUUUUAAAAGAUAUUUUUGUGUCUUUUAUUGCCUUUAUUAGAGCAGCUGCAGAAUGAGUGGAGAGGGUUCGACCGGUCAGAUUACCACCGACAGAAACCCUUUGUGUAUGUGUUUGUAGGCCUCAUGUAUCAGUGCUGUCUUGUCCCUGCUGCCGUCUUGACAAAGCGCUUGGGGAUGAUUUUUCUCUUUCUGAAAAGUGUUUGUGCAGACCAGAUUUACCGCUGCGAUAAGCCAGCCCACUUCCAAUUUUCCGAAUUUACACAGCAACACAUUGUUGGGUCUCCGUGUUCUCCCACACUGAAGAGAAUGGUUUAGCUCCACCCUGAAAUCCACGCUUUGAUGGAGCGUCACAAGAGAAUGGUUGCUCGCCGUCAAAGCGUGGAUUUCCCCCAAACAGGGUGGAGCUAAACGUUAUGCAGAUCGAUGUGUUUCUGUAACCGAUUACGUCAUACAAGUCUUUUAAGAUUGUGAACAAUUGUGCGAUCAAACUUUCUAGAAAGUCUGAAAUCUCAGCAGCCGUUGGGGACACAGGAGUGAGUGUUAUUAAUACUGCUGAAGUCCACAUGGAUGUAUAUUAUUGACAUUAAAUAGAGAGGGACCUGCUCACACCCUUCAGUGAACGGUGGAUGUUCUCCUGUCUGUGUGCAGGAGGAGCGAGGCGGGCCGCGGCCUCGUCUCUGCCACAUGAAGAAGGGAGCCAGCGGCUACGGCUUCAACCUGCACAGCGAGAAGUCCAAACCGGGCCAGUUCAUCCGAGCGGUGGACGACGACUCUCCGGCACAGAGAGUGGGCGUGAAACAGCGGGACAAGCUCGUCCAGGUCAAUGGCAUGACAGUGAUCGGCAUGCAGCACUCGGAGGUGGUCGCGGCCAUCAAGGCGGGAGGAGACGAGACCACGCUGCUGCUGGUGGACGCCGAGGCCGACGACUAUUUUAAGAGAUGCAACGUCCUGCCCACGGAGGAACACGUCAGCGGACCUCUUCCUGAGCCAGUGUCAGAGAGAGCAUCAGAGGAGGAGGAGGAGGAGGUUAGUACACACACACACACACACACACAGAUAGUGGCCUGGAAAAGCCCCACUGAUUCUCUCUGGACAUUCCUGGUAGCAGAUUAGAAGUUCUGGACAGUGUUGUGAAGCACUCCGUCUGUCUUCAUGUGUUUCCUGUUUCAAGACUGCACUGUUAAACUCCAAAACACACGUGUUAUAAAACAUUUGUAACUUUUAGUUACAGCGCAUACUGUAACUGCCACGUCGGUGGAUCGAUUCUAGGCAGAGACCUGCGUCACAUGUCUCUCUUUACUGUAGAAUACAUCAUGUAUGUUUAGACUGGUGAAGAGACUCUUCUACACUCAUGUCCCAUUGACAGUUAAUGCAGUGUUGGUCAGUUCACAUCAAGGUAGCCCAGCAACAUUGCAUCACGUGAUAAAACAGAGGACAACCUUAAUCCCAGCUGAUAAUGGUACUAUGACUAGUUAUGACUAUACUAAUCAAACACUUCUAAAGGGUAUUGUAGCAUUAAAUAUUACGCGUUCAUAAAGUUUGAGACACAGAUUUAAAAGCUGCUCAGAAUUGAGAAUCGAGAGCAGAAGCAGAGAUCCCCUGACUUCAGCUCCAAGUUUGGGUCAAGAUCCAAAAACACUGGAUCUUACACUUUCCAUGAUGCAUCAUGUGUUUGAUGCUCAGUGCUCAGUUUGUAACUGGGGAUAAUCACUGAGCUAAUUGUUUGGCUGUGAAUGUAUUUUAAAGAUUUUGGAACUUCUUGCAUUGCUGCUCAAGAAAGACUAAUGUCGAUUCAUUUUGUUUAUUAAUUAUCUUUUUUUCUCACAAUAUAAGAGUAAUCGAUGAGAGUACUAGUAUUGAUCAAAUCCUAACGAUACCCAUCCCUCAUCACUAUGACAUCAUCAUGGGUAUUGUUCCAGACUUAAUUAAGCUCCUCCCUCAGAGCCACAGAAGACAUAAUAAAACAGUUUUUAUAAUUUCUAGUAGUACCCAUCAUCAUCAUGUGUAACAUCAGAGGAAUGCUCCUUUAAUGAAGCACUCUGUAUUAAGCAACAUGUGUUGUUGUGACAGUCCACAGACACCGCAAGGCGCCUUUAUCAAAAGUAAACACUCUCCACCUCCUCUCUACACACACACGCACACACACAUUGGAAAAGUGGAUUGGCCCCUCUGGUGACAUUGUGGCUGACCCUUCACCAUGGCAACAAGAGCUCACCAGUGUGAGUUUCCGUCUCUGUCUCUCCCCUCCGUGUCCUGGAGGAUCAUGGGAUUGAAGUGGCAUUAAUACUCAGGGUAAAUUGGGGAUUAUGCUAAUGAGAAGACUAACGAGCGCUGUUCACGUACCCACACAUGCAGUUUCUACUCUACUGCAGCAACAAUAACUGUGCGUGCGUGCGUGCGUGCGUGCGUGCUUCUACUGUUCAGUGGAGCAGCUCAGGUCCAACCGUUGGCAUGAAACACUCCUUGACAAAUAGUCAUUGGCCCUCAUGGGCCUCAUGUGUGCAUGUUCUUACUUACUGUUUAAAGUUUUAAAUAGUUUAAAUUAGUUUAAAGUUUAGGUUUAGUUGACUUUGCGCGAGGUGGAGGCAGAAACACUUCUGUGAAGAGUUUCCACAGGAGCCACAAUGAUGGUGAAUGUUGUCUCCUAGGAUACGGACUGUGGCCCAGGUAAAAAAAAAAAAAAAGAAAAGGUUUGAUAUUAAAGUUGGUGCUAAAACACAAUACAGCAGACCAGAAGCAAACAAAGGAAACAGGUGGAGGACGAGGCCCACAGUAUUUGUCCAAUAAGACCCGUCGCAAUUUAUCUCCAGUCAUCCAUAAGUGUGACAUGUCCAAGAAACGAGGCUGAAAGUGAUGAACCAGCACAGACUUCCACCCAGAGUCCUUUACUUCAUACUUGUGUUAGUGCUGCACCGACAAGUUGGAAGCAUAAUUCAUGAUGUUGACAUUCAGAAAUGAAGUGUUUCUUAUUUUUGCAUGUCAGUUCAUUCUGUUUAAAGCCGGUAUUCCUGCAGUUUCAGAUAAAGAUCAGGCUCCACUGUCAGUAUUCUACUAUUUGUAGAACUAGAAUCCAGUGGUGGCUGCGUACGAUUGUUCCUCACUUGUGUGAACAUUUUUAAUAACUCAAAGAGCGUUUUGUAAACUUAAGAAUUAUUAAAUAAAAGAUGGAUGUAAUCAUUUCCAAAAUUCAUAUUUUUAUCUAACAAAACGUUCAGCUUCAGUCCUUAUUUGUUGCCAUUUAGCCUUUUGAAACAACAUUUUCACUGUUUGCUCUCCUGCUGACCAGCAAGCAUCCGACUAACAGCAGUCUAGCAGCACAUGAAUUACGUUUAUGGAACCACAAUAACACUAUCUAUUUUAUUUUUUAUUUUUAUUUGGUGUCAUAAAAUGUGACGGGCAUUCCAAGCUUCACUUAAAAAACCCUCAAUAGAGGCUUUGAAAUACAAAGUGUUCUUAAUUAUUCUUAAGAGGGUGUUGACUUCAUAGUUAUGGAAUACAUUCGGCUAAAUCAUUAGUAAAUUAAUGGUUUUAAAUAUUGUUAAAAUAUCUAUUAAAGUCCUUUUUUCCCAAAUUGACUUUGUUUUAAUAUGGGAUGCAUUUAGUGAAACGGUGUGUUUCCCUUCAGACAGCCGGCCAGGCUUUCAUCACUUCAGCGUACACGAGCUCUGAGGCUACAUCAACACGACUCCGUUUAAAACUAAAGCGAUCUCCGUCCACACGGCGUUUCAGCAUCGUUUUCGAAUUGAUCUCCGUCCAGACUAACACGCCUGAAAAUGAA